AUGAAUGAGUUACUACGAACUCUAAUUUACUUUCGCGUAAAUGAAGAGUUAAAAAACAGUAGUAAUAUUAGUGAUAGAUUAUUAUAUAUAGUUUGGAAUAAUAUAUUUUUGAGAAAAGAAAUUCAUAAACAUAUUAUAAAGUUUCUUUCAUAUAGAGGUGUAUAUCUAGAUAAAUCCAGUUAUGACCAUUUUAAGGAUAAAUCAUAUAUAACAACACUUAAUUGGUGUGGUGAUCAACUACCAGAUAAAAAUAAACUUCCACCAUUUUUAGAAAAUUUAUCCAAUUUUAAUGAAAUAUUAACUCCUACAACUUUACCAAAUAUUCUACCCGGCACAUUACCAAAUAGUCUCACAACACUCACAUUCGGUUGUAAUUUUAACCAAGUAGUUCUACCUGGUACAUUACCAAAUAGUAUCACAACACUCACAUUCGGUCGUAGUUUUAACCAAGUAGUUCAACCUGGCACAUUACCAAAUAGUCUCACAACACUCAGAUUCGGUCGUAGUUUUAACCAAGUAGUUCUACCCGGCAUAUUACCAAAUAGUCUCACAACACUCAGAUUCGGUCGUAGUUUUAAACAAGUAGUUCUACCUGGCACAUUACCAAAUAGUCUCACAACACUCACAUUCGGUUAUAGUUUUAACCAAGUAGUUACACCCGGCACAUUACCAAAUAGUCUCACAACACUCACAUUCGGUGAUUGUUUUAACCAAGUAGUUCUACCCGGCACAUUACCAAAUAGUCUCACAACACUCAAAUUCGGUAGUGAUUUUAACCAAAUAAUUCCACCCGGCUCAUUACCAAAUAGUCUCACAACACUCACAUUUGGUCAUCAUUUUAACCAAGUAGUUCCACCCGGCACAUUACCAAAUAGUCUCACAACACUCAAAUUCGGUUAUUAUUUUAACCAAGAAGUUCUACCUGGCACAUUACCAAAUAGUCUCACAACACUCACAUAA